AUUUACUCCUGAGGUGCUGACAUGUUGCACCCUCUACAACCACUGUGAUGAGUAUUAUUUGACCCUGCUGGUCAUCUAUGAACGUUUGAACAUCUUGCCAAGGUACUGUUAUGAUCUCCACCCAGUCCUCCCAUCAGAGCCUGGUUCCUCUCUAGGUUUCUUCCUAGGUUCCUUCCUUUAGGAAGUUUUUCCUAGCCACUGUGCUUCUACAUCUGCAUUGCUUGCUGUUUGGUGUUUCAGGCUGGGUUUCUGUACAGCACUUUGACAUCGGCUGAUGUAAAAAGGGCUUUAUAAAUUAAUGUGAUUGAUUGAUGUGGGAGGGGGUAAAAGUCGUUUAUUUCUAUAUUAUCAGAAAGCCUACAUCUUCCAUGACCCAUCUCAUUUACCUUGCAUCUUUUUAAAAUUGUUUUCUGGAUGUUGCUGCAACACCGCUUCUCUCUUCACCUCUUCAACAAAAAUAAUCUCUUCAUCCUCUGACUCCUCCCUGCGGUCUGGUUCACUUUUAUUUUCCCAAAAGCUCUGACGUCAGCUCUGGGUAGUGGAGAGUGUAAACGCACACAAGUAUUUAGUUGGAAAAAGUUGCCCACUCUCAACUUUCCGUAAAGGAAACGAUUUCAGACGUUUUUUUCUUCCGGCAUCUCUGCUUGCGAGGGGACAAUGUGCGACCCACACAUGUCCGUGUGUUGACAGCGCAGGACACUCCGUGUGUGUGGUGUAUCCUACAGUCGUGGUUUUCCCUGACUCACCUAUAGAGUGUAUGCUUAAACAGGUAGACCAAGGUAGGCUACGGGAGGGAAAUCCGGAAGAACAAGCACAUCUGAUUGUUCCCACUAUUUUUCUCUUACCUUUGCAACUGAACUUCUCCCAAUAACGUGUAUGCAGUUUUGAUAAUUCUUCGGAGAGAGUAGAAGUGUGAAGAUGACGGAACUACCAGUUCACAAGAAAAAUAUGCUGAUUCUAGUUGAUGUUCUCUGUGUGUUUGUCGCGGCCCUUCCGUCAGCGGUCUUGACGUUAAUGUUCAGCCCGUACCAGAGGGGUAUCUACUGUGAUGACGAGAGCAUCAGAUAUCCUUACAGAAGAGACACCAUCUCCCACGGGGCAAUGGCUGCAGUCACCAUCCCCUCCUCCAUAGUCAUAAUCACUACAGGAGAAGCGUACCUGGUGUACUCCAAGCGUCUCCACUCCAACUCUAACUUUAACCAGUACAUGUCAGCUCUCUACAAGGUGGUGGGGACCUUUCUGUUUGGAGCAGCUGUGAGCCAAUCACUGACUGACCUGGCCAAGUUCACCAUUGGCAGGCCACGCCCUAACUUCCUGUCUGUGUGUAAUCCCACGGUGUGUUCUGGGUACAUGCUGCAACUCAACUGUACCGGCAACCCUCGAAACGUCACUGAGUCCAGAUUGUCGUUUUACUCCGGACACUCUGCCUUCGGGAUGUACAGCAUGCUGUUUCUAGCAUUGUAUGUGCAAGCACGUAUGCAGGGGAAGUGGACUCGUCUGGUCAGACCCACAGUGCAGUUCUUCCUCGUGGCGUUUGCGUUGUACGUUGGAUACACACGGGUUAGCGACUACAAACACCACUGGAGCGACGUACUGGUGGGACUGCUGCAGGGAACUCUCAUCGCUGUGCUCAACGUUUGCUACGUCUCUGAUUUCUUUAAGCUCCGCCCCCCUCCUCGCCGCCCACGAUCCGAGGCGGCUGAAGACGAACACCUAGAGGCCAAACCUGGCCUGGACCCAGACACACAACUACACAACAACCACUACAACUACACAACUACUUCAGCCCGAACUCAGACUAACAACUACACAACAACCACUGCAACUACACAACAACCUCUACACAACAAUCACGGUAACCGUGGGGAAGUGGCGUAGACAGUCAUUUGUUGGUGGGUGGGCCUGCAGAAAUUUGGGUGGACAAUUAUUUUUAAUUAAAAUGUUUUGUUGUUGGGGAAAGGAGCUAACUUCCUGCAAUGUUGCCAUUGGGCCAAGAGAGAAAUGUACAGUUUUAUAGCUGUUUAUGAAUUCUAUCUGAUGAUGUUUGCAUGCUUAAGUGAAAAGACAACAAAUAAAUAGAGCCCGACUUGUAUUGGA